UUAUGUAGCUGAUUUUCCACUUGGAGUCUUUAACGGGUGUCAUAACCACCAGCAGAAAUCAUAUGAAAACAGCGGUGUGGAUAUGGAACAGAGCGAUGGGGCUGAAACGUUUCUUUGGGUCAACAGCUCCUCACAUGCUCAGAGUGUUGCCAAGGCCAAGUACGAGUUUCUUUUUGGAACACAAGACUCGAGUUUAUCAGGCGGUGCCUCUACAGUUGACUCAAAGCUCAAGUUAGACACCGGCAGCACAGACCUCGACCCUUCCACCCACGAGGAUGAGCUUGACGAGGCCUCGUUCUUUCAGGAAAUCGACAGGGAGCUCGCCGAGCUGCUAAAUGGCCUAGCGGCUCGCACCCGGGAUGCCGUGGCAGCCAAGCGGGGCAGCCAGUCGGAGGACUCUACCUCAGCUAUGAUCUCUUGCAGUGACAACGACGUGACGCUGCCCUCUCCACUGAGCACAGCAAGUCAGUCCACAGAGCAGCAGAAUGGCACAUCUGACCUAGAAAAACUGGGUGACGUGCAGUUGGACUCGUGGUGUGAGGCGCUGAUUCAGGACCCGCACUGCAUGAGCAUCGCUCUCAACCCAGAUGCCGACAACGCUCCUGCUGUCCAAAAUAAACCCGCAACGGUGCCCGUUAUGGAAAAGAAGGAGGAAGAAAAGGGAGCGGGUAUGAGUGAAGUAACAUCACAAGAGCUGUUGGAUCCAGCUUUGGAUGAGUCCAGCAAAAUCCUGGCAGAAUUUCCCGGCAUCUUUGGUGCCUUCUUGGAUGUGGGGAGAGCGCGGGAGAAACCCCAGAAAAAGAUUCGCUUUGUGGAGAACCAGUUUCAGGAAACAGUGGUGAUGAAUGGAGAGGAUGAAGUGAGGGAGCAACUUACUCCAGACAUGGAGAGGCCGGAGCAGGAUGAUAAACUCAGGGCUUUUGUGCCAAAGGUGUGUGUAGUGAGCCCUGAGAGCGAAGCCACACCAAACUGCUUACCCAGGGCUGCUAAGGACAGCGAGGGUUCAAAUAAGGAGGCCAUGGAUGUCUUCAGCAGUCAGUUUGAGAGCAUCCUAGAGUCGGAGCGUCUGCGAGAAACGCUCUACAGUAGCCAGGACUCUCUGGGCACUCUCUCUUCUUCAGCUGACGAAACCGACUCUCAGCCAGAACUGGCGCCCAGGCAGAGGGUCACGGACUUGCCCCUCACACCCAUGAUCCAGCAGCGGCUGAAGGAGAGCGGCCUGUUCCUGGAGUCGGGGGCCAGGCAGGAGGAGGUGCUGAGCGUCAGCACCACGGGCAGUAGCGGAAAGUCCUCCCUGGAGGUGACCUCCUUCUUUCUGAACACUGCAUCAGAGCGAAGGGAUUUGAACAGAGGAGCUUUGGCUAAUGGAGUCAUGGAGAAAAAGACACACGAUUGGCUGCUGGGCAGCAGCGAUGAGGGUCUGAAAGACGUGCUGUCAGACUGGGACUUGGACAUGGGCAGCACUGACCAACAGAAGGACAGCACGGACACGCUCAACAACGGGCACCGCACCGACCAGGAGGCGGCACGACGUUUGGCGCGGCGGCUUUACCACCUAGAGGGCUUCCGGCGCUCUGACGUAGCCAAGCACCUGGGCAAGAACAAUGAAUUCAGCAAGAUGGUUGCCGAAGAGUACCUCACUUUCUUUGAAUUUACAGGGAUGACCUUGGACCAGUCACUCAGAGCCUUUCUCAAAGCCUUUGCACUAAUGGGUGAAACCCAGGAACGAGAACGGGUUUUAAUCCACUUUUCCAAUAGGUACUUUCAAUGUAACCCCACCAUCAUCGCCUCACAAGAUGAAGUGCAUUGCCUUACAUGUGCUUUAAUGCUGCUCAACACUGACCUUCACGGCCAGAACAUCGGCAAGAAGAUGACGUGCCAGGAGUUCAUCAAUAACCUGGACGGCCUGAACGCAGAACAAGAUUUCCCCCGAGAGCUUCUUAAGGCAUUGUACAACUCGAUCAAGAACGAGAAGCUGCAGUGGGCAAUAGAUGGCGAUGAGCUGAAGAAAUCACUGUCUGAACUAGCGAAUGACAACGCCCACACGAAGGGCAUCAGCAGAAUCAGCAGUAGCAGCAACCCAUUCCUGGACAUCGCUCAUGAUCCUAAUGCUGCUGUUUACAAAACAGGCUUUCUGACCCGCAAAAUCCAUGCUGACAUGGACGGCAAGAAAACACCGAGAGGGAAGCGAGGCUGGAAGACAUUUUUUGCUGUUCUCAAAGGAAUGGUCCUCUAUUUACAAAAGGGCGAAUACAAACCUGAGAAAGCUCUGGCUGAGGAGGACCUGAAGAACGCCAUCAGCGUGCAUCACGCCAUGGCUAUAAAAGCCGUCGACUACGAGAAGAAGCCCAACGUGCUGAAGCUUAAGAUGGCCGACUGGAGAGUCUUCCUCUUUCAAGCCCAGAGCCCAGAGGAGAUGGAGUCCUGGAUCAGAAUCCUCAACUCAGUGGCGGCUAUGUUCUCUGCACCCUCUUUUCCCGCUGCCAUCGGAUCCCAGAAGAAAUUCAGCCGCCCGCUGUUGCCAGCCACCACCACCAGGAUGUCUCAGGAGGAGCAGCUGAAAUCACAUGAGGCCAAGCUGAAGCACGUCAUCACCGAGCUAUCCGAGCACAGGUCCUACCCUCCCGACAAGAAGGUCAAAGCCAAGGAGGUGGACGAGUACCGCCUCAAAGAGCACUACCUAGAAUUUGAGGAAACUCGUUAUGAGACCUACGUAAAGCUGUUAAAGGAGGGUGUGAAGGAGCUCCUGACUGUUAAGGAUAACGACGCAGCGCUAAAGAAAUCCCAGUCCAGCCCACACCUCAACCAGGAGUCUCAGCCAGCCGCGGCCAAAGUGAAGCGCAACACGUCCGAGAGGAAAGACCACCGACCCGAGCCGCCAAAGGUCACAUAGACGGUCCCGAUUACCACCCGAGAGCCAUUCUUCACGACGCGAACAUAUUCUAAUGUAAUUUAUUAUCUGCCGCUGUUCUAAGAGAAAACUGUUGUGUGAACAGUAAUUGAGUUGACACAUUUUUUUAAUCGACUGGUGUUCGUGUAGCUGCUUGUACGGGACAUUACUAACAUACAUGUGGUCCUCGAAUUUUCCUUUCAGUUUUCAGUGUUGUUGAUGUUGCGGUUGAAGUCGUCAUUGUUGUGAUGAGUGUGUGAUUUACUUGCCAGCCAGCGGACCGUCACGUCCCGGAAACCUGAUUUGCCUUUAGUUUAAAAGGAGUUGUAGUUCCUCGUGUAGUCUGGUUGAAAUUUCCACAGCAGUUUCUUUGUACGUGCAGUAGGCGGUAGACGUGUUCUUUCUAAAGGACGUUUUCCUGGAUAUUACACGAAUGUUAAAACCAUAUGAUGGAAAAGAUUCAGAUAGGUACGCCGGUCGCAGUGCUUUAUCCUAAUUAAAGGACCUUAGCUCUCACCAACACUUUAUUUUUUUUAUUAUUACAGUGAUGCAUCAGCAAGGAAAGUCAUAAAAGCAAUGCGUCACAUCGGAACUAGUAACUCUUAGUGAUUACAGUUAGUGAUUUAUGUCUUGACUGGCUACAGCAAAGCAAAGACAGAUACUCAGAUAACACACUCAUUUCCUCACGUAUCGUACCAGCACGUUACAGCAGGAUCGUUUAAACCUACACCAGUUUGUUAUUUUGUAUUGAUAGUGUAGCGGUACUUCUCAUUUAAAGCUGACGAGUUAUAUUUUCAGAACGUGGCUUGUGCAGAAUGAUGUUCUUCUAAACGUCAUUCGUUAUUUUAGUGAGCCAAUUAUUUUUUUAAACUGUUAAAGGAAAAGUAUUCUGCUUUUUUGCGUAGUGUGAACGCCAACUCUCCUUUUGUGUAUUUUAUAUUCUUACGUAUUUGGAUUUCUAAGUCUCGGUUUGAAAUGUUAUUGUUGUAAAGAUGAAAUUAGUAUUUAUAGUGCACUUUAUGACUUAGUUCCUGAGUAUAUUUGAGCUUUAUAAGAAGUAGUGCUGCAUUUCUUAAUUACACCGCAGGUUAUACAGGCUGUCUUGGUCGUGUUUAGCUUAUUGAAGGUACUGAGCUGAAUGUAUGCAACGUGUCCGUCGGUGGUUUUGUAGUUUUGCUCUUCUAGUUAGAUUUUUCAAGACGAUGUUUUGUGUAGGAAGCAUUUCCAGUGCUGUAGAAUCUAGGUUAAGGGAAGUCGCGUUCCCGUUUUUUUUUAAAAUUAGGACUAGAACGGAACACUACGAGCGUUUUAUUCUUCCACUAUUUAUCGCACAUCAGAAGAUAUUAUCCAUAUCAGACGUGCCCUGAUUUUUCUUUUCUUUAUUUUGAAGGGUUGGAUUGUAUUAGAAUUGUAGAGCGUAUUUAAUAGGCAGGGUUAGUAUAGUCAAGAUUUUCAAUAGUUAGUAGUAUAAAAAUUAGAUUAGUUUAUGCAAACCCAUCAGUCUAAAUGAAGUUACUUGAAAAUGCGUGUUAAAAUAUUUGUCCGACACUUUAUUUUCAGUUCCGUUUAGGUUUUUCAUUUUUUAUUGCUUAUGUACCAAACAUGCUGAAUUUAUGAUGUGAGUGGUGAAGUUUAAAAAGAAAGCUUUAACAUAGUUAUAGCAAGCUCACUCGAAACCAUCUCUCCUAUCUUUUGUGUAAUUGUGCUGGAUUUGCAGCUGAACCGUAGGCCUCGUUAUUAGCGCUUUCUCAACAGGUACCACUAUUUUGUACUAAGUUUAACGUUUUAGCACUUCUUCUUCUUUAUUAGCUGUUUCUGCUUUCACUUCAGCCAGUGAAUGUAGGUUAACGUCCAGCAAGCCGUAUUCACUAUUGUUUCUUCCAAAUUUUUGGGAAGCGACAUGAAGUCUUGCAUGUUGUUUAUUUCAGGCUAGAUUCUGUAUGCUGACAAUGCUUUCCCUUAAUAAUGUGGAAGUUUUACUCCAUCAGCACGCCUUCACUAGUAGAUAUGCGUCUUUAAGAAUUGCAUUGUGUUUAUUAUUAUUUUUAUUAUUUUAGUCGGAGGAAAAGACAGAAAUACUACAUGGGUCAAGUUUAAAUUACAGUUUAUUAUUAUUAUUAUUUUAAAUGCUUUUAUUUAAAGUACAUUUGAACAUAUCCUGUUUGUAAAUAGGAAGGUUUAAACAAGGGAUGGGCAUUCGAACCAUUUCUGCUAUUUGACCCUCCAGAUCUUUAGGAACGUCCCAAUCUGAUACUGAGCAUCCGGGACCGGUUUGAAAGUGGAUCGGUACUUGGAUCGGUCGCAUUUGAAGCACAGAUAGUGAACACGAACAGAUUAACUGAAGGAUAAAUUAUUUUAAAGCCAUUCACCAUCAUUGCCUUUGACGUUUUGCAUGACUUGCUUGGAGAGUCGUCUCGGUUACUGUGAGGAGAUCAGAUCAGUAUCAGUUUCAGGUAGUAUGCAAAGCUUUAAAAUUGGAAUCGUAGCGGAAAAAAAUUUAUCAGAACAUCCUUACAGAUUGUUGUACAAUUAGAUAUUGGAUAUCCAAAAUGGAAAACAAUUACUAUUGUGAAGAAUUACUAAUUAAAACAUUUAUAUCAAACGCGAUUCCAAAUUGACUUGUAUAUGGAAUUUGUAUCAGACGCAGUGCACUACAUAAAUUGUAGGAUGGUGUUGUACCCUAUGUAGAGCAUGUGUGUAGUACAUAGGAAGCCAUUUAGGGUUUUAGGUUUAGAAUAACAGCUAGUUUAAAAUACAGCACAUUUUUAUGUGUGAAAAAAAUGUUAAUUGUAAAUUGUUGGUAAAUAAUGAAAAAAGGAAAAUACUGUACUGUACUAUAAUCCGAGUUUAAAUCGGUUUAGUCUCAUUUGUAAAUCUUUUGUUUACAUCUUCUGUUCUAGAGUUAGUCCAUGUAGACGUUUUUUUUUACUCUUACUCAGGUAGUUGUAUGACUCUUGCUUGUAUUUUAGUCAUUAUUUGUAUGUAACAGUACUAGGACGUGUUUGGAUAUACAGAUAGUCCAAUGAACUGCCCAUCCCUACUUCAAACCGUAUGAUAUAUCGUAUUUGACUAAAACAGGAUAAAUAUUGUACAUGACAUGAAUUUUGCUUAGACGUUAUUGCCUUAUAAAUGCUCGAAUAGCUCCAGACGUCAUCGGUUUGCUGUAGCGAACCAUAGGCUAAUGUUAUAGCCGAGCCCACCUAGUCCAGGUCCAGGUCAGCAGAGAUCAGAUGAGACUCAGUCCCAGUGGAAUCCAAAACAGGAUCCAAUUCUCAAUUUAGUCCAGUUUUAAACCAGGGCUUGUAGGUUUCAAAGUGUGUUUUGGAUUUUGAAAAAAAAAAAAAAAGACUAAAUUGUUUUAUAUUUCAUCUGAUCCUGACUGGUGUCUGCUGACUGACCGAAGGCUGGGUAGAAAAUGGAUCCAGUCAAAUUCUGUCACAAGUCCGUCAUCUGUGUUAGAAUAGAUUAAACCUGUAACCGAAUAGAGAGCAGGUAACCGUACGUACUCAUGCCUCAGUAGACAGUGAUGCACCUUAGCCUUCUGAGGAACCGUUUGGUCUCCAAACACCACAUAAAAAAUCUCUUAAAGCUGUGAUCUUGUACAACCUUUAACUCUGUAAAUGCUGUUCGAUAUAACUGUCACCCUGUGCUCAGAGGUUUCCACUUUCUUCUCCUUCACCCGAUCCGUCGGCACUAGAGCGUGUCUUACGCCCUGCAGCCGAGAUCAGGGAUGCAGUGCUGAUGUCAUACAAAUCGUAGACGGUUUCUGUGAAUAAAGUACAGUAUUUAAUUUCA